AUGGGGUCUCCAUCGAUUGCCUGCAUAGGCAUAAUUGGAAAGCAGAACAAUCUGCUUCACAUGUCACUCUUCGAGCCACAUGUAGAUGAUCAGCUCGAGUUCUCAUUUAUCUUGAAUUCAAGCCUGGAUAUAUUUGAUAUGCGGCAACAGCAUACCUCCGUGGACCAGGACCUGGGUCUCCUUCACGCCUUGGAUGAAAGGCUCUCUGUCUACGGAUGGUUAACCAACACGGGGAUCAAGUUUGUGAUUGUCGUGGACCAAGAAGGGAGAACUUCAGCGCCUUCCGUGGAGCGGGAAAGAUCUCUACCGGUUGUUGGUCUACGGGAUUCUGAUUUAAAACCCGCAUUCCGAGCAUUGCAAACCGCAUAUGUAAAGUUAUUACAGAAUCCUUUUUACAACCCAGACGAGAAUAUUCUGGGAAGUGAUAGUCAGACAGAGUCGAAGCGGAAGGGGAUUGCUAGCCGCCAAUUUGUCGAAGAGGUCAACCGGAUUGGCAGUACUUGGGCUCCGGGGAUAACUGGCCUUUAA